GAAUAAUCCACGAGGUUAAUUUCAUAGCCUAAUGAGAAUUGAUGAAGAUUUAUAAGCAGGCACAUGCUUGAUCGCCAUCACCAACCACAGAGUGAAGAGAUUUGACACUCAAGAAUCUACCAAGAACCGGAAGUGUGAAAGAACUAAAAAAUGGCUUCAGAUCCAAAGGUUCACACUUUCGAAGAUGUUGCAAAGCAUAGCAAGACCAAAGAUUGCUGGCUUAUUCUUUCUGGAAAGGUGUAUGAUGUCACCCCUUUUAUGGAGGAUCAUCCUGGAGGCGAUGAGGUUCUGUUGUCUGCAACAGGGAAAGAUGCUACCAAUGAUUUUGAAGAUGUGGGACACAGUGAUUCUGCUAGAGAAAUGAUGGACCAAUACUACAUCGGUGAGAUUGAUCCAGCAACUGUACCUCUAAAACGCUCCUACAUUCCGCCUCAGCAAUCUCAGUACAAUCCUGACAAGACUUCGGACUUUGUGAUCAAGAUUUUGCAGUUCCUGGUGCCUCUUCUGAUUUUGGGCUUAGCCUUUGUUGUCAGAAGCUACACCAAAGAGUAGUUCCUUCUUUAUCAUCACAUUGAACCCUUGUGAGGGGGUCUGUUAGCUAUUUAUAGCGGGUCAUUUAAAGGACAGUGUUUAGUUUCUUCUCGGUGUCUUGAGCAAUAACUAGAUGAUAAUGUUUUUCAACUUUCUUUGGUAUAUGGUAUUGGUGUCAUUGUGAGUGAGGAACCUAAUAAUGUUGGAUGGUGAAUUUCAUAUCUCUUCAUUUA